AUGGAAGAAGUGAUUGCCCCGGAGGAUCCACCUCAGCUCGUGCGGGGUGUAGUCGUCCGCAUCGGGCAGCCAAGCUGGAGUGCGGCAUUCCUGCGCAUCGCCAACAAGACGUUCCCGCUGGAGCCACACGCCAGUCACCUGAAGCGCAUUCGCAAGAGAUCAACGGCAGGGCAGUUGCCACCGAUUUUUGAAGCCUCUAGCGUACAGAGCAGAAAUAUAACUGUGGGCGGAAAUGACCAGGAAGAGGUGGAUCCUUCGACAGUGUCAGGUGACUGUUCACUGGAGUUGCUUCUGGCAGUGGGUGAGUCGAUUGAUGCCAAAUUGCUGCGGGAGUUCGAAACAGUGACUGGCGGUUCAGGUUCUGUAGUUGCUGACACCGUGUGGGUGCCGGACAGGGCCCCGCGCACAUCUCCUGUGGAGUGGAGGAAAUGGUGUGACAUUUGGCCCUUUUCCGUGCCAAAGCCACGCCCAGCCUCUCCGUUACCGAAUGAUGAGAGAACGCAGAUACGCCGUAUCUUCAGCGAAGUUGUUUUGCCCUUGGCCAAGCGGGUGCGUAGCGAUGAGACGCUUGGAAUGGCGGCCACACUGGUUGACUCCUCACAGGAUUGGCGUGUGGUUGCUUCUAGUGAAAAGGCUGUUGUGCUUCGCAGGUCUAACCCAGUUGCCUGCUUCGGAUACAUCCCAGUUGACGGGUGUAAAUGCGAUGAGAGCAUCGUUCUGGAUCACCCAGUCACGUACGUGUUAAAGGAGCUCGCACGAAUUCAGUCUGGAGAUGCUUCGAAUGCUGAGGUUGUGUCCUAUCUGGCCAACAACAUGGAUUUGAUCGUUAGCCACGAACCNGCUUCGAAUGCUGAGGUUGUGUCCUAUCUGGCCAACAACAUGGAUUUGAUCGUUAGCCACGAACCGUGUGUAAUGUGUUCCAUGGCGCUCGUGCACAGUAGGAUACGUCGCGUAUUCUACUGCUUUCCGAACCGUACACACGGUGGAUUAGGCUCCGUUUUUCCGGUCCACAGCAUUCCAUCGCUCAACCAUCACUUUCGUGUUUUUCGUUGCAGUCCGAGCUGGCUGUGCAAAGGGGGGCCGGAGCUGAACUGCUCUUGCGAUGAAAAGUGCAACUGCUGGGAGGUAUUGUGCAGUCCGUGA